AUGGCUUUACCUUCAACAACACAAUCAUGGAUGAAUAGCAUUAACAUCCCUAACUUUGAUCAUGACAUCCCCGCAGCAGCAAAGAGAGACAUAAGUUGUUACCUGCCACUCCACAUAGCCAUACUCCAAGGCAACUGGGAGAAUGCCAGUAAAAUUUUUGAAAAUGACCCCAACGCGAUCACAGCCCGUCUCACCGCCCUCUCGGAGACGCCUCUUCUCGUGGCAGUUAAGGUAAGGCAGGGGAUCCUGUUUGUCAGGAAACUAGUGGAGUUGAUGCAGCCGGAGGCACUGGCUUUGACUGACUACUUUGGCAAUACAGCACUUCAUGCAGUUGCAGUGCUUGGCAAUAUUAUUGAAGCCAAGCAGGGGAUCCUGUUUGUCAGGAAACUAGUGGAGUUGAUGCAGCCGGAGGCACUGGCUUUGACUGACUACUUUGGCAAUACAGCACUUCAUGCAGUUGCAGUGCUUGGCAAUAUUAUUGAAGCCAAGUUGAUUGUGGAGAAAAACCCAGACUUGCCUAAUAUCUGGAACAAUGAUGGCUUUCUGCCUCUCCACUUGGCUGCCAUGCAUGGUCAGAGGAAGAUGACUCUGUUCUUGCUGUCUGUCACCAGAGAUGACGAGGAAUCGAAACCUUAUGAAGGCGAAGCAGGUGCAACGCUCAUGCGUUUUGCUAUAAAUGUUGGAUUCUAUGACCUGGCUUUGGAUCUUCUCAGCCGCAACCCUAAGCUGGCGUGGAAAGAUUUUUCUCCUCUAGAAGUGAUGGCUCAAGAGCAUUCUGCUUUCCCAAGCGGUACAUGCUUCAACAUAUGGAAGUGCUUCAUCUAUACUUGUGUCCCUUUGAAAUUAAUAGAUCCCAAUCAAGGAAAUGAUCAAUCUCAAGUGCCACACCAUAGGCGCUGUUGUGCUCCAAUUUUUGGCUGUAAGCAAUUAAUAUCAGUGUGGCAAAAAUUCCAUGUAGUUUUAUGGAAAGUCCUUGAAACAUCAGUGCCACCAAUCAACCGAAUUGGUCAGACAAAAAUGAUGCAUCAUCAAGCAAUUCAUCUUGUCAAAAGAAUAUGCAGGGAAGUUAUAGGUCUAGACAACACAAAAGCUUCCUCCAUACUUAGAUUGCCAUUCCUUUUAGCAGCACAGUAUGGGAUUCAUGAAAUUGUCAAAGAAAUUUUGGACUCAUUUCCCGAUGCAAUUACGUUCGUAGAUGAAGAAAACCACACUGCAUUCCAUCUCGCAGUUAUGUACCGUCAUGAAAAAGUUUUCAAGGUCAUGCAUCAGCGAAGUGGGCAAUAUAAAUUCUUAUUAUCUUUGUUACCAGACAAUGAUGGAAAUAAUAUGCUCCAUUUGGUUGGAUAUAAGGCUCGCCAACAACGCCUCGAUUUCUCUUCUGGGGCAGUUCUACAAAUGCAGCGUGAAUUACAAUGGUUUAAGGUAGUGGAGAAGUUUGUGCUACCUCAAGAAAGAAAAUCCAAGAACUGUGAUGGGAAGACACCAUUGCAAAUAUUCAUUGAAGAACACAAGGAAUUGAUGGCAUAUGAAGGGCAAUGGAUGAUGGGCAAGGCAACAUCAUGCACGGUUGCAGCGUCACUCAUUGCCACAGUUGUUUUUGCAGCAGCUAUCACAGUUCCAGGAGGGAGCACAGUUGAUGGAUUCCCAAUUUUCUCCAAAAAAAAAGCCUUUAUAGUCUUUGCCAUAUCAGAUGGACUUGCCCUUGUUUCAGCUCUCUCCACGGUGUUGUCCUUCUUGUCAAUUUUCACUUCGCGCUAUGCAGUAGUGGAGAAGUUUGUGCUACCUCAAGAAAGAAAAUCCAAGAACUGUGAUGGGAAGACACCAUUGCAAAUAUUCAUUGAAGAACACAAGGAAUUGAUGGCAUAUGAAGGGCAAUGGAUGAUGGGCAUGGCAACAUCGUGCACGGUUGCAGCGUCACUCAUUGCCACAGUUGUUUUUGCAGCAGCUAUCACAGUUCCAGGAGGGAGCACAGUUGAUGGAUUCCCAAUUUUCUCCAAAAAAAAAGCCUUUAUAGUCUUUGCCAUAUCAGAUGGACUUGCCCUUGUUUCAGCUCUCUCCACGGUGUUGUCCUUCUUGUCAAUUUUCACUUCGCGCUAUGCAGUAAUUGAUUAUCUGUAUGCCUUGCCAAUGAGAUUAAUAAUCGGCCUAUUGGCGCUAUUCCUUUCAGUAAUAACCAUGAUGACAGCCUUCAGUGCCACACUCUAUCUAGUGUUUUCCAAGGAAAAUGCCUUGAUUCUAAUUCCAGUUGCCACAUUGGCUUGUCUACCGGUGGCCUUGUUUGCAACAUUGCAAUUACCACCCCUUCUAAACAUGAUAAAAUCUACAUAUGGCCCAAGCAUUUUUAGUCAAUGA